CAACCAGAAAAUUCCCCGCAAAAACAAUUUGGAGGGUAGCCACUAGCUACUAAUAGCGGACCGCUAUUUAGCCUCAUUACGCACAAAUCUACGCGGCACGCCGAUUCCUACACACACACGUCAACCACCGCAUGACCAACAAACCAACAGACCAGCGAUUUUAUCCCCUCCCGCACUCGACGCUAAACUAACGACCUCCGCUCCUUCAACGCCUAAUCCAAAGGGAAUAACAUGAUGAUUUGGGAGGAUUUUCCGCCGGACCAAACCCAAACCCAAGACCAAGAGCAAGACCGAUACCAAUACCAAUACGAAGACUCGCAUCUUAAUUUCGAUUUCCUUUCUCUAGUCUCCAAGCCGAAGGACUACUAUAAAAUACUGGAAGUGGAAUAUGAUGCUAGCGAUGACGCAAUUCGCUCCAAUUACAUACGUCUGGCGCUGAAAUGGCAUCCGGAUAAGCAAAAAGGCCAGGAUAGUGCCACUUCUAGAUUUCAAGAGAUAAACGAGGCUUACCAGGUUUUAAGUGAUCCUGUCAGAAGGAGAGAAUAUGACACGAAAGGGAUGACCCAUGUCUAUGAUUAUAACAUAAUUGAUUAUCUUAAUCGGUACAAGGGCCUGAUAUUAACAUGCAAUGGCCUUGGGAUCAGGCAUUCUGUCUGGUAACCUAAAUAAUCAGCUAUGCAUGUGCAGAGCUGCUGCAAGUUCUCCAUACAUUGUACCCAAGUAAAUCCACGCUGAGUCUCCUUUCGCUGGCAGCACCUCGAGUUGCGAAUAGCAGUACAGUCUAGUGCAUAUGUAUAUAUGGCAGAAAAUGAUACUUAAGUUUAACACCUUAUUCCUGCUGGUUCCUCCCUUGUAAGGGUUGUGAUUUUGGUUUGGACAGUCGGGAGUGGUGAUUUGUAGUUUUAUUGGCAAACACCUGCAAGCAAGUGAAUGUUUGAUCUUCAUGCAAAUCUUUGAAAAAAAAUUCUAAAAAUAUUAGUAAUAACGAGUCUGCCUAUAGAUUGGGAUAGAAUUAUAUUUUCUCAACCCCACUCUGAGAUGGAACCUGAAAUUGAUUGUGGAGAGAAUUUAGAUAAUUAAUUCAUUUUAGUUGUCGGUAUUCUCA